UAUCGUUCCUACGUGGUAACAUUCUCCUGAUCGUCACAGUCCUCGCCGUAGUCGUGGGUGUGGUAGUUGGGGUAAUAUGUCGACAGUUCACCCCGACGGAAGAAACCAUCCGUCUUGUGAAAUUUCCAGGGGAGUUGUUCCUGCGGAUGCUCAGGCUGCUGAUGUUACCUCUGAUAGUGGCAAGUAUGAUUACAGGCUUGGGGAACAUGAAGGGAGCUGUUGCUGGAAGGAUUGGCUUGCUGGCUAUGUUGUAUUAUAUAGCUACUACUGUUAUUGCGCUGCUGAUAGCAUUGGCGUUGGUACAUGCCAUCAAACCAGGCAGUAACUACUCUCGAACCAUCACAGUAGACACUUCCCAAGUAAAAGACGUAUAGACAUCUGGCACGGACAUGGUUUUGGAUGCCAUCAGAAACGUGUUCCCUGACAACAUUGUUGGUGCCGCCAUUCAGCACACCAGAACCAUAACGACUGAUGGAGAUGAAACAGUAGAAUUAACCAAUGCAAGCAUAAAAGAACAAAAUGCUGCAUUGAACAUCACAAGCAACGACCCGUUGCUGAUGAAGAAGACAGUUGUUAUUGGGGGUGUUAAUGUUGUUGGUAUAUUGACAUACUCUGCGGUCUUUGGAGUAUUUCUCGGCCGAAUGGGAAAACAUGGAUCCGUGGCACUGCGGUUCUUCAAUGCCAUCAACACUGUCACCAUCCAUAUGGUACAACUUGCUAUGUGGUUCUCCCCGCUUGGCACAAUGUCCAUGAUUACAGGUGAGUUGUUGUCUUCAGUCAGCCUGAGUGAGACAGGUGAAGUGUUGGUCCUCUACAUCGUCACUGAAUUAACAGGGCUGGUCGUCCAUUCCUUACUUGCUACGCCUUUACUGUAUUUGGUUCUAACCAGGACUAAUCCGUUUCGUGUUCUCGGGGCGGCUGGACAAGCUCUCAUAACAGCCUUUGCAACAUCGUCGAGUUUGACAGCUAUCCUGGGCAGUAUCGGAGCAGCUGGGGUUCCCGGUACAGGCAUCACCGCUCUGCUGCUUGUUCUGAACGCUGUGGGACUUCCAGACACGGGGAUCUCGUACUUGCUCACCAUUGACUGGUUAACGGAUCGCAUCCGGACUUCGGUGAACGUGGCUGGAGAUUGUCUGGCAGUUGGCGUUGUCUCCCACUUCACCAAGGAAGCAUUUGCCAAAUCCAAUGUUCUUUCACUAGAGGAGCAAGAUGAAGAUUCGAAUUCGUGUGCGAAUGAGAAUGACGUAAUAGUCCUGUAG